GUUAAAAUGUUAAAAAAUUAUCUUUCAUUUGAAGGUCUUAUAACGUUGUGGUUUAAUAUAAAUAUGUGCAGGUUUUCAGUUUCUUCAGUUUGUAUCUUUUGUUAGUGCAAUCACAUCAACAACAUGUUCAAAUUCGUCGUCUUUAUUGCGAUUGUCGCUUCAGUGUUUGCUGUGCCAGCUCCUGAACCAAAACCAGCUCCCAAACCUGGUUUAAUUUCAACCUCAUACUCAGCACCAAUCAUUUCAUCUGCUCCGUUGGCUUACAGCGCCCCUCUUACUUACAGUAGCGUUGGUUACUCUGGAUAUUAUCUUCCUUCUGCCUACGCUUCUGGAUACGCUUAUUCACCAUACUCGUCGUACAUUGUUUAAAUAAAACAAAAUGUGAAAAGAUUCAUAAAAUUGAUUUUUAUUUUAUGUACCUGA